AGACUGUCUCUCGCUCAUUGUGAAUUAGAGAAGCACUAGGUAGGGAACAUACCUCCAGGCGCAGGCUUUCUGGGAGAUGGAGCUCAGUUCUGGCAUCCAGAAGAUGUCGGUGGGACAACACCCACCAGGAAAAGGGGCUCCAUGUAAGAGGUGCAAGGGAAGCUGCUCAGGGUACCAGCCUCACUCUUGGAGAAAACAAUGUGGGAGCUGCCAGUGCCCCCGUGAAGAGCAUUCUUUGCCCUCCGACUUAGAAGAGGACUGCCGAAUAGGACAGCUGCUUUCAGACUCUCGCUACUCAGGGCUGACCGCACGGAUGAAAGGGGUAGAAGGUGCACGUGUCUACAAAAGAAACCGCAUGAUCAUCACCAACCCUAUAACCUCUGGAAAGGAUCCCACCUUCCUUACUGUCACUUAUGAUUGGGCACCCCCUGGACUUAACCAGAAACUGGCCAUGCAGUACAUGGAACUAAUUCCUAAGAAUAUGCAGCCAGUCGCAGGUACAGAAGGAGCACAUUAUCGCCGCUUGCAGCUCUUGAGGCAGUUACCCCCCUAUGAUCAUAACCCAGAUUUUUGCCAAGGGCUAUCGGAAAGGGAGAGAACUGCAAUGGAAGACUUUGUGAAAAGGUACAAGGAGCAGGCGCUCGGAGUUGCUGAAGUGGCUCUGCCUUGUAGUGCAAAGCAAGAAACGGAAAAAGAUGGCAGCAAAAGUAAAGAAGCAAAUGGAACUACUAAGGAAGCCCUUGAGAAGAAAGAUUAUUUCUGUGAGAUUUGCCAGCAGCCUCUGUCAAUAGAUGCCCCUGCAGUUUAUGCUGAACGUGCUGGCUUUGACAAGCAGUGGCACCCUGCCUGCUUUGUGUGCUGCCAAUGCAGGGAGCCCCUGGUGAACCUGAUCUAUUUCUGGAAGAACAACUCUCUCUGGUGCGGACGCCAUUAUUGUGAUAGCGAGAGGCCUCGGUGUGCAGGAUGUGACCAGAUCAUUUUCUCAGAGGAUUAUGAGCAGAUAGACAGCAGUUUCUGGCACCAACAUCAUUUCUCUUGUAUUGGUUGUGAUCAGACACUCGCUGGGAAGUCUUACGUGUUGGAAAAAUCUCAGCCUCUGUGUGACCCGUGCAGCCAAUCCAGAGGAGCACACUGACCAAACAUCAUGGAGGAUUUAAAUCCAAGUUCCUGGGUUUUGGCAUAAAGGAUUCAUCUCUAGUUCAUUAUAAAUGAUGUGCAAAGUAGCCCGCACCUAAGUCUUGUGCCAUUCUAGAGAUGGACUUAACUCCCUCUACUCAUCGUUAGAAUUAACUUAACUGUGGUGCAUUAUUAGGCUUCCGCAAGGGUAUCAGUGGCAUAGGAAAUAGGCAAGUACCACUGAGCUUCUACUGUAAGUGAAGAUUUCCCGAAAGGCAUUUUUACCCAGCAGUACUCAGUAGUUGGGUAUUCUUGCCCAGUAACAGCCCAUUUUUGUAUGGAUUACUGGAAUACUAACAUAUAUUUAUUUUUGUACAUUUUUAUUCCGUUAAAUAUUUUUACAUUGUUUUAGUUUCCGCUAUAUUUUGCUGAUGCAACUUACAUAUGUCUAGCAUCUCUAACAACCCUAACAUCAAAAAUCAAGAAAAUGUAUCAUAUGGUAAUGGUAACCAAGUGUCAAUUCAAAUGAAUUCUGUUCUGCUUUUGAAUAAUAUAUUGAUAAUGACAAGUUUUAGAGUAAAAGUCCUUUAUAUCGCCCCAAUAAUAAAGAUUAUUUAGUAAGUUACCUCUCUUUCACACAGGAUAAAACCUAUGAGUUUUUGCUCAAGAGCACAUUGACCCAAAAUAAUCAAGAACUCAUUCCAUUUGACCUACUAGUAGAGUGAAGGAGCUGACCUAAAUUUCCCAUAAUCACAAUGCAUACCCCACCUCAUACCCUAUAUUACUUCAGUGAUAUAGGGUAUGGGGUGUUUUAAAAUUGGACCUUUUGUCCAAUUACAGCAUUCUCGUUCUAAAUGAUUUUUAUUGUUUUUCCAAGUUAAAUAAGCAGAAACUUUGACAAAAGAUGAAGGCUGAACAGUGAAGCUCAUUCAGUUAUAAAACCAAUUACAGCAUUGUGUGCUACCAAAAAGGCCACCAUCAGAAGCGUAUUUAGGACACAGUGCUAGAUGGACAUUAUGGAUUCCAUGUGACUUAAUGGACAGUCAACAGCACAGUUUUUAAUGACCCUGUAAUAAUUUAAUUAUUUAAUUUAAUAUUCCUUGUAUAACUGUAUAUUAGCUGUUCCCUUGAGGAAGGCUGCAGGCUGGAGAGUUAAAACUGAUGGGGAACAGGUGAAUUGGAAAGGAAGAAGAGACCUAAGCAGGCAGGACAAAUGGGAUGGAGAUGAGCAAGUAGAGUUACAAAACGUAAGAAGCUCAGACAUACAGAAGGUGAGGAAAUACAAGUUUAGUGUCACAUGCUGUUUUCUCUAUUUAAACUAGAGGAGAAAAAGCCACAUGUGACAUUUGCCUAAGAAUUAAAAGUGAUAGAAAGAAUAGGAGAGAAGAAGAAAUCACAGAAGAAAGCACAAAAGAAAGAAUAACAUUAUAAAUGGAGAAGGGAAGAAAAUGGCAAAGAGAGGACAAGGUUGUAUGUUGGAUCUUGUGUUAAGGUUUCUGGUUGAUUCCCUGUUAUUCAGGAAUUAGCACAAGAUGUUGGUGCCAUUUCAAAGCAUACAUUUACAACAGUUAGCACCACCAACUGGCAGAAUGUACCUAGAGUGUUCCAUCAGAGGAGAAGGGGCCUAUUUAUCAUUCUGUGUAAAAAUUGGGAUGGAAGAUUAUCAGUGAUGUUGCUCUUACCAACCAGUCAGAUAUCUGCUUUUGUUUUUCAACUGUUGAAAUCUAAUUGCUGAUUGGUUGCUUUGGGCAACAUCACCAAUAAUGUUUUACUCCACUUUUUACACAGCAUGAUAUAUAGGCCCCUAGUAGUUAUGGGCGAAAUUCGAGAAAUGGCGAAAAAUGGACGAAACGCGAAUUUUGCCGCCGACGACAAUUCUGACGCCGCCGACUUUUCUGACGCAGGCGACAAUUUCAAUGCCCAUUAAAGUCAAUAGACCAGUAGAAUUGUUGCCAGCAUCAAAAUUGUUGCUGGCGUCAAUAUAUUUUGAUAUAUUUUCACAGCAAUUUCCCAAAUUUAUUCACGGGCACCGAAACACGGUGAUUCGCUGAGAAUACGCACCUGGCUUAUAAAUUCAGCCAUCAAUAGCCCCAAGCCUUUCCACAGAUAAGCUGGUACAUUGGUACAUUGGUGUAGCCAAUCCACAGAUAGGCUGGUACAUUGCAGUCCUUGAUGUUACUUUUACACAUAUCCAGUGGAGCUGAUGGUUCCAUAAGAGUUCAAAGGGCCUUAAUAGGAGGGAUCUUGAUUUCUAGGCCUCCCUACAAUUGAAAAAUAUAGUUAUAUAGUUCCUGUCCAUGGGCUUCAUGGCUGAUUGUGCCAGUUGCUUCCUCUGUCUCUCAAGAACUUGCAGACACACAACCCUUAUGGAUCAUACUCCAAAAAUGAUCCAUUGAUUUUUUAUGAACUUAUGAAGAAGAAGACAAGGUAUGUCAGGAAAGACUUACAGUAGGGGGUGAGUCGAUAUUGAAAAAUGUUGGAUUCAGUAGACAAAAUGCCAACAGUGCUUUAAAGGGCUGCUAACCAACUAAUUUAAUCAUUGUCUUCUGUAACACAUGAAUCACCCACAUGAAAUAAAGUUAUACAGUGAAUACAAGAUGACUAGGAAUAGCAUAUUAGCCCACGACACCCCUUUGAAGCAUUUGAAUCAGGCCUCUAGUCCUGAACAUCUCUUGUAAUAUGGACUGUUCUUCACAAAAGUUAUCCACUUUAUAAAUUCCUUCCAAGAGAAGCACAUUGGUCCGUGCCAAUCUAUUUGAAGAGCAGAAAGGUUUCUACUUUCUUUGCAAGCUGACACUUCACUUAUUUUUCAUUAAUGAUCUUUUAGACAUGAAUCACCUGGGAGACGACAACACAGCAUCAAUUUGCUCAGUGCAAAGAAAAGAAAUGUAUUUGCUCUGUACACGACAAGCCUUAAAAAUGUGUUAGCUCUGGGACCUGUGCUUUCAUUGACGUCUCUUAAAUCCUAUAUAUCUAUCUGGACAAACAAACAAAAAAGUAAUUGAAAGGUGCUUGUUUUGUUUUCUCUCCUAUAUUAAAGAUCAAUUUUGUGAGAUUAAUUUAACUGACAAGACAUUGGAUAAAAUGAUGCUUCAAUAAAAAUGCUUUUAACCAA